AUGCCAGGAGGGACGGAGGAGAGGGAGGCGAGAGAAGCGCGGUUCGGUGGGAUGCAGGAUGAAGUCACACCACGGUCUGGGGCCGAGAGGAGAAAAACGGAUACUGCGGAGGUCGGAGGUGUGGGGAGAGAGGAUGGAGGAGGGUGGAGGGGGGCGAGCGAUGGACGGUGGGCGGUGGGUGGAGGCGGCGGGCGGCAGGAUGACGACGAUGGUGAUGCGAUGGCGAUGGCGAUGUUGAGGUUGAGGAUGCGACACGCAAGUUACACUGGGCACACUCGGUGCUCCUCGUUUCUUUCUUCGCCCUGUCUCUGUGUGCGUGGGGCUUCGUACGUCCGUGGCGUGCGAGCGUCGGGCCUGGGCGCCUUGGGUGAGCACAGCGUGGCACGGACGCGGCAGGAAAGAGAAGCAGGGAGACGGACGCCCAACCCGGUUGGCUGGAUGAGUGCUCGAUGGCUGGCUGACGGGCUGACGCGAGACCGAGUACACUACGUCAACAACCGCCCAGCCCGUCGCGGCGAAUUGGACGCCCGCACUGUGCCGCAGAGUGUUGAUCUGGCCUGGAUCUCAUGCACUCCCUGAAGCAAGAAGCAACCACUUCCAGUGUGAGAUCGGACGCGCCAGAAGAGGGGCCAAAAAAAUAAAAUAGGGGAUUGCUUUCCAGGAUUGCUUUUUGGGCCUGCAACAUGUCCCAGUCUCCACGCCUGCUGGUUGGCUCGGGGCUCUUCCCUUGCAGCCACCAUGUCAGCCGUGGUUUCACACGCUGCCGAGAGUGCCAAAGGACGGCAUAAAAC